AUGCCAUUUAUUGGUGCUCACUGUAAAAAUUUAACAACCUUGGAAUGUAAAUUUAAUGAUAAUUCCUUUAUUGAUAAUGCUGAUGACUUUGUUCAAGCAUUUACACAAUUGGAUAAAUUAAAAUGCAUCAAAAUAACGAUGAAUCACAACUACUUGAAUAAGACAAUUAAUCUCUCUGCAAUAAUUGAUAGCCUUCCAGAAAAAAUCAAUGAAAUUCAUUUAUUUUCUGAACCUUGGUGGGAAGUAAAACGAAAUAUUUCUAUGUGUGUUCAAAGAUUCAGAAAUCUUCAAAAAUUAACAUCAGUUGGGCUCUGUCUAGACAACAUAAUUCUUAAUGAAAUAGCAGACAUAACAACACUUGUUUAUCUCAACAUUGAAAUAUAUGAUACAUACGAAAACCUUUCUCUAUUUAAUAAACUCGUUAAUUUAGAAUAUAUCAACUUAACGAUGGGUAUUUCUAAGUAUAAACCGCAAAUCCUCUCCACAGAAGUACUCAAUACUAUUUUUAGUACAUGCAAAAAUCUAAAACAUCUUGAUAUGACAUCAGGGUCUUAUGAUAUAGCUGACAUUCCUCUUAGAAAAUGGAUAAACUUUCAAAAUUUACAACAUCUUGGAAUUUCUUGUGACAUAAUGCCUGACUUAGCAAAUACAAUUGUUAAAUAUUGCAAGAAUUUAAAACAUUUGAGAAUACCUAAUUACUAUGGGAAUGAUACGUAUGCUUUUAAAAAGUUGACAGAGUUGGAAAAUCUGGAAUGUUUAAUAUUGGAUGGUCCGAUUGAUCUCCAUGAGGAUUCAAUAAUCGCAAUUUCAAACAAUUGUAAAAAACUUCAACGUUUAGAAAUUCCUAGUUGCACUAUAAAACCAGCUAUUGACGAUGUCCCACUGUCUUCUCCAUCUGUUCUUGAUGAAUUAUCAAAAUUACAAUAUCUUGAACAUCUAAACUUGCGUGAUGCAAAAAAUCUUGCAGAUAGUACAAUUAUUGCUAUUGCUAAUAAUUGUAAAAACCUAAAAAGUUUAGAUAUCACAGCUUGCACAGAUCUUACUGAGGCAGCUCUCGUGGCUUUAACAAAUUUAAAAAAUUUACAAAAACUUAAUGUAGAAUGUCUUGAUAUAGUUACAGACAGCUUCCUUAUUAAAUUGAAAGGAAUAAAAGAAUUGUAUUGUGAUGAUUGCCAGAAUUUUACUGAUGCUGGUAUUAUUCAAUUUAUAAAAAAUAAUCCAGAUCUUGAAAAGAUUAGUGUCAGAUAUAUAAAUAAUAUUACAGUUGAUAUAGUUAUUGCUGCUGACCAGGCAACUAAAAAUCGUACAAAUGGUAUCAUUUUACACAUAAUAAUGGAUAGUUUUUUUAUAUUCGAAGCUAAGCCAAUAAUUAAAUCUCAAUGGUUUAAAAAAUCAUUUUUAGUGCCUUGA